AUGGAAUUAACAAAAAAAAAAUUGGUAGAUUUUGUGGGUGAAAUUUUACAACUGGUUAGAGUGGGGGCAGCAAUUUUGUUUUUUUUAGGGUACAAAAAUAUUUUAGAUUGGCCACUUAUUGUUUUUGAAUCUUUGACGGUUAAUUACAGAUGGUUUCCUUUUUUUUUUUUUCUUUCUUUGAUAGUGCAAUGGCAAUUAAUUGUUGAAUCAGUUGAUGAUAGCUGUUUUUUUUAUUGUAGAGUAUUUACUGUUGGCCUACAUCAACAUGGAACACAUCAUAAACGGUUAACACUGGUGUUCACAUCGUUAGAACGUGAAGAUGCUGGAAAUUAUAUUUGUGAAGCUAGAGAUGUUGCUGGUAUUACCUUCACAAAAACAGUACUUGUUGUUCCAUUAGGUAAACACACAGACUGUUGUUGUAUGGUUCAAUUUGUGACUGAAGUAAAAAGAAGAAUGUUGGAGUUGAAAACUGGAACAAAUUUGAUGAUUUAUUUUUCAUUAAACUUUGAGGUUUUAUUCACAUUGUUAAUAAUUGAUUUCAUUGAGUAG